ACGAGGGUUGGAAACUGGGCAAUCUCUGGUGCCGAUGGCCAGGUAUCCCAGGGUUGACAAAAUCAGCAGCAGCAAGACAGUAAAGAAGGGUGCUUGGAGUGCAGAGGAAGACCGGAAACUGGUGGCUUAUAUCAUGCGAUAUGGCAUUUGGAACUGGACGCACAUGGCCGAACCUGCUGGCUUGGCAAGAACCGGAAAGAGUUGCCGACUUCGGUGGAUGAACUAUCUGAGGCCCAACAUCAAGCAUGGCAACGUCACCAAAGAAGAGGAAGAAAUCAUUAUCAAAUUGCACAAAGUUCUUGGUAAUCGUUGGGCCACAAUCGCAAGUAGGCUUCCGGGAAGGACAGACAAUGAGAUAAAGAACUACUGGAAUACUUGCUUGAAGAAACGCUUCAUCCAAGAAAAGUUGGAAAUGCCAAUUACAUGUGAUGUAAUAGUUAACUUCAAUCCAAAUAAUAAUUUGACCCACCAAAGUCCAUCUAUUUCCAUUCUUAAUCCUCCAGAAGCAACAAAUCUUGGAUCCCCCCAGGAUAUUCCAAUACUAGAUGCAAGCAGCUUGUGCCCAUCUUAUGAAGUCCAUCCUGGUGACAAAACCCGACUGGAUCACUGGCACUCACAGGGCAAUAUAAUUGGAGAAGAUGCAAACUUGUGGGAACAAUUGAUUUCUCUGAAAUAUUUUAGCACAACAGAAGAUUUGGAGUGCAUGUGCCAGAACUCGGGAAGUAUAUUGCCUUCUUCUGAGGGUACAUACUCCAAUCAUGUGUAUUUUGGUGAUUCCUAUGACGACUUCAUCAUAGAUUUAUGGGGAAACCGAUGGUAAUAAGGUUGAUAAUUGUCGCAAUCGUGGAUCUCCUCAGUAAUGUCAGUUUUCCUUUGUUUUUCAUGAGGCUUGCUUUUUUCCCCUAUGUAGUAAACCUUCUUGUGCGUCUAUCUAAUAAAGUUUCCGCAGGGUUGUGUAUAAUAGCCUAUCAUGUCUAUCAGGAUUCAGUAAGAGUGGACUAAUGGAAUAAUGUUGUACUAUCCAAAA